UCCAUUUUUCGAUAAUUUAGCUCCACCUUCGAAAUCGCUCCUCCAUGAAUCCUUCACAUUUAUAUAGUUAUUCUCUCACAAGUUCCUUCCAGAAUUCAUGCCCGAAUGAGGCAAAUUCUGCCGAGGAUUUAAAAACUCACUUUUCCACUACCUCCGUAAAAUGCAGAGGAAUUGAAACGGAAGUUUAAUUCCUCUGCAAUUUUAUGCCACCGUCGAUUUUGAAUUUCGAUUCAUCCCCUUUUUGUUAUAAACCAAAUUUUUAAUAAAAUAUUAACUUUCAAUCUCAUUAAUAAUAUACAGAAGUAGCACUUCUAUAGCCUAAAUUUUCCUUUUGGGUUGGAGGGGAGUCUUGAAUUGUUGAAGGAAAGCUGCAGCAUAGCUUUCAAGUCUCUCCCUCCGUGGAAACCCGAAGAUUAAGGCUACAGAUUAUCAAGUAACUAUAGAUACAUAACAAAAUGUCUGCUGUUGAGGUUGCUUUGAGUCCAUUCUUGGAAGGGAAAGCACGGUAUGGUGAUUGUUUCAAGGACCGACUCAAUCUGAGCACUAGUGAAUCCAUCGAGAUCUACAUCACCGGUGGGGGUUCCAUGACCCCCAUGCGCGUGAUGGAGUCUGAUUCCAUUGCAUCAGUGAAGCUUAGGAUACAGACAUGUAAAGGUUUUGAAGUGAAGAGGCAGAAUCUUGUUUUUGGAGGCAGGGUGCUCUCAAAGACUGAUUCUCUUGUCAAAGAUUACGGCAUCUCAGAUGGGAAUGCCUUGCAUUUGGCGCUGAGGAUCUCGGAUCUCCUGCUGAUUAAUGUUAGCACGGCAAGUGGGGAAGAAUUCAAGUUCCAAGUGGAUAGGCACAGGAACGUAGGGUAUCUAAAGCAUAGGAUUGCUAACAAGGGGAAAGGAGUUCAUGCUAUAGAUUCGGACAUAUUCUGUCGAGGAGAGAAGCUCCAUGACAAUGGUAGGCUAAUCAGUGAUCUGAGUAACAAUGGCGAUGCUGUCAUUCACUUGGUGGUGCACAAGUAUGCUGAGGUUUGUAGCAAGGCCGUUGAGAGGGACCUCGAGCUCUCCAUUGCCACUCCAAAUUUGAACAAGGGGGUGGAUGAGGAGAAGGCCAAGGAUAUGUUGGCUUUAUCAAGGUCAAUGCUAGGCCAAGAUUUCUUCUUGAAACCAGAUAUAGUGAAUCCAUGUGUCCAGUUCCCACACUUCUUGUGGGAGAUGGUGCAGUCUGUCUCAGACGGGUUAGCCCAAGGCAAACAGCCAGCUAAGUCAUCCGAGGGCAUGGGCGGAACUUACUUCAUGCAAGAUGCUACAGGAGAUAAGUAUGUCGCUGUGUUUAAGCCCAUAGAUGAGGAGCCUCUGGCCUUAAACAACCCUCAAGGCCUGCCCCCUUCACAUGAUGGACAAGGGCUGAAGAGGGGCACCCGAGUUGGGGAAGGCGCGUGGAGGGAGGUGGCAGCGUAUAUACUGGACCAUCCAAUUGAGGGUGCUCAGUCGUUGUUUCGUACAGAAAUUGGUUUUGCUGGAGUGCCCCCUACAGUGAUGACUCAGUGCCUGCACGAAGGGUUUAACCACCCAAAUGGAUUUGAUUGCUCCAUUGAGCAUAUUAAGACUGGAUCAUUACAAAUGUUUAGGGAGAAUCAUGGAAGCUGUGAAGACAUGGGCCCUCGGGAUUUCCCUGUUGAUGAAGUCCACAAGAUCUCUGUCCUUGAUAUAAGAGUAGCCAAUGCUGACAGGCACGCAGGAAACAUCUUGCUACACAAAGAUCCGGAAAACGGAAAAAUAACCCUGAUUCCGAUUGAUCAUGGCUACUGCUUGCCUGAAAACUUCGAGGACUGCACUUUCGACUGGCUAUACUGGCCACAAGCUCGACAACCAUUCUCUGGGAAGACAUUGGACUACAUAAAAUCACUUGAUGCCGAGAAAGACAUAGCAACCCUCAAAUUCUAUGGAUUGGAUCUUUCCCCUGAAGUUGCUCGUACGCUCCGUAUCUCCACCAUGCUUCUGAAGAAAGGGGUGGACAGAGGUCUCACGCCUUUCGCGAUAGGAAGCAUCAUGUGCAGAGAGAACUUGAACAAGAAAUCUGUGAUAGAGGAGAUUGUGCACGAGGCAGAGGACGCCGUGCUCCCAGGUAUGAGCGAGGCUGCGUUUCUUGAAGCCGUAUCUGAAGUCAUGGAUUCGACACUUGAGAAACUCCUUCAGUGAUCUUAAACUGAGGAUUUUUGAAGUUCAUAUAUAUUAGCUAUAUAACCGAAGUUUGUGGGUGCCUACAACAAAGAGAAAGUCUCUCUUUGGGCCUUUUGGUUAGUUGGUUCUAAGUUUUCUUUCCUUAUGUGUGGUUAGUUACAUUCAACAGGAGCCACACAAUUAUGAAAUAAGAGUGUGUUUAUAGUUUUAUUAGAUUAUGGUUGUUGUUAAACACCUCCAAUCUCUCUCUUUGAUUGUAUUAUUACAGUCAUUUUUCAGAGAGAAAUCGAUUGGAUUUUUAUUGAUUGAUUGUAACACUAUUACACAUCCUGUUAUUAGGAUUACAAAUGUGAUGUAAAGGAAAGUACAUCAAUACAAUUAUUUGAUUUUAUGUUUA